AUGCCGACCCCAGAAUCCGAGAUACUGAAGCCACUCGACGCCUCCAACACCAAUUCCGACGACUGGGAGAUCUUUGUCCUGAGCGAUGCGCGCAUCGUCUUCGAAAGCAAUGGCAAGCCUACGAGCCUUCUUGCUGCGUAUGCAGACACCCCACUCCGCGUGGAAGGGCGACUGGAGACUCCAGGGCGUAGCCAGCUGAAAUACCUUUUGAAGAAACCGUACAAGCCCAUGGAAAUCGAAAUACAACAUGUGACGCGCUUCUCCUACGGCGAAAUGACCGACGGCGCAUACGUAAUUUGGGCACAAGGCCAGGCAGGCUGGUUCGAGAUACGACCGACCGCGCAGUACAAGCCCAUCUACGACCAGAUGGUCCAGGCUGUGGAACUUCUAUACUUUGUCACAGACAUAUACGGCGAGUCGCGGAAGAAGAGUAGCGGGCCCAGUGCUGAGCUGGUCUUCCAAGAGUAUGCAGAGGACGAGCGCUUUCCUUGCAACGAUGUGGCCACGGCUGAGAGACUAUUCGACCAACAUCAUCUGUUCCUCAUGAUGUGCUUUCUGAACAAAGCCCAGGGACUGAGCUGGAGUAACACGCCUAUCUAUCAACGUUUCAGACGGCGGUUUCCGGUAGGAAGCAUGGAGCUCGAACAUAAAGACUUCGAUAACUGUAAGGCACGGAUCGAAGGGCGCUAUUCUCAGAUCCAACCCGAACGCUCAGUGAGGACCCAGAAGUCCGCAUCUGCACCAAUGGCAGCUUCCAAAACGGCACAAGCGAAUGCGACACCGAAACCAACGGAAGCGCCGAAGAAAGACGACAAUUGGUGGGAGGCGGCCGCACUCUUCGAAUUUAUGCAGAAAGCAGUGAACCAACGGGUUCUACGAGCAGGACGGAAUCACAUAACGGUGGAUCGCGUUGCCGAACUCAUUGUCAGGCGAUACGAGAUUGAGGAAGUGGACACUGCGAAGAAUGUGCUUCUGGUACACGCACAGAAUCUGUGCUACAUGAUGGACCACCCGCGGCGGAAGAACAUACAAUUCUUUGCCGCCGAACCUAUAUAUCAAGAGCUGUCAGCCGGCCACACACUUCCCGCAGCCGAACAACGGCGAGCUGAAGGGGUGGAACUGAAACCACGGAAAGAUCACGGAACUCUGAGAGGCGGUGAAAGCGGUUCUUCAGAUACGUCUGACGAAGAAGAUGACGCCAUAACAACACCUGUGCGUAGACCACCGGGUAGACGGAAGCAAGGCCGGCUUUCUGUGCUGAGACCUACGAGUGGAAAGUUUUCUGGCAAGAGCAAAGGGAUCAGCAUUAAGCCAGGGAGACAGAAAGGCGGAAAGGGAAAAGCACCCGUGCCGGCAAGUGACGACUCGGAAGCCGAGCAAAGCAGCAACGCUACAAGUAGCGAUGAAGACGAUGAGGAAGAAGGCAUCGACACACCAACUCACGCCCUAUCACCAGGUCGAGAGAAGAGAAAACUAGACGACACGGACGGUGACCAAGACGAGAAGGAUCGACGAAAACGUACAGCCAGUGCAUCCAUAGCACCUGAGUCUCCACCCACAACUGGCGACUCGGACUCUGCCUCUGAAGGAGUCAGCGCCGUACCACCUCUGCCGCUGCGUAACCGGCCCUCCCAUCUCCCUCCCCAUGCGAACCCAGCAUCAUCAUCAGGAAACACUAAAUCAUUAGUGUCACCACCGAUAAUAUCAACACCCUUACCGACAUACGAAGCUAAUGGCCCCCGCGACUCCUGGAUCUGCAAUUUCGACGGUUGCACGCAGAAAAUCUACGGAUGCAGUAAAGAGUUGGGUAGACAAUUGAUCACAGAACACUUGGAAGAUCACAGUCGAGGGCGAGAGAAGGUUGUUGGCAUUCUUUGGAGAGAACAGGAUAGAUUGAAUCUGCCUGUUAGCAACUUGAUCAAGAAAAUCCGCGAAAUGAACGAGGCGGCUACGCCGCUGUUCCCGGUGCCUGGUGCUCCGGCGACGGCAGUGCAGCCGAAGCCUAUACAAAGACCUGUGUAA